UUCACUUUCUCUUGCUUGUUCUCCACUAUCAUCGGCAUAGACAUUACACGACGAGCACUUCCUCACGAAACAAUGGUGGAGGCUGAAGGCCUUUCCAAGCAACCCCAAGAAAGCGAUGCAAGACCCAGCAGAGGACGUGAAUUCAGAACUGAAUCUUCGUCUCAAGCACCAGCUUCAGCCGGAGUGGAUCGGGGAAGAUCGAGAAUUCGUCGAACAGAUUCGGACUCAUUGUCUGAAGACGACCUCGAUAAAAAAGGCUAUCACGCACUCAAGUCAUCGUUCGGAAAGGCUUUUUAUGUCAAGAAACGGUGGAAACUGAUUCGUGAGAUGGGUAGUGGGGCGUAUGGACAUGUAAUCUCCGCUGGCGACGAAAUCACGAAAGAAACUGUCGCAAUAAAGCUUGUGUCUCGUGUCUUCGACAAAGUCCAACUCGCAAAACGCGCUCUUCGCGAAAUCACACUCCUCCGACACUUUACUGGCCAUGCCAAUAUCACCGGCCUCAUCGACGCUAAAAUGAUCUCCCCAGAUGCCAAUGAAAUCUAUAUUUUUAUGGAGCCAAUGGAGGGUGUGUUGCUCGUCUUUGUCAGCGAACAUCUUGACUCUUGUUUCCUCAGCGGACUUACACCAGAUCAUCAAAUCUGGUCAAAAUCUGACCAACGAACACGUUCAAUAUUUUCUAUACCAAAUCUUGCGUGGACUGAAAUAUAUUCAUUCAAGCGGGGUCAUCCACCGGGAUCUCAAACCUGGAAACUUGCUCGACCUCCCUCCACAGUCAACUCCAACUGUGAAUUAAAGUUGUGUGAUUUCGGACUGAGCAGGGGGUUUGAAAAUGCCUCUCAUCUUACUGAAUAUGUCGCAACAAGAUGGUACCGAGCCCCCGAGGUCAUGCUUGGAUUCAGAGGCUAUGGUUCAGCAAUUGAUGUAUGGUCGAUUGGUUGCAUUUUGGCUGAGCUACUUUCGAGCCAGCCCCUUUUCAAAGGCAAAGAGUGCGUCAUGUGUCGUGCGAGCUACUUGAAGUUCAUUUCUUUCCAGCUAUGGUAUGGACCAUUGGAUAGAGGAAAGAUAAAGGCUCAACGGAAGCGUACAGUGGAUCAGUUGAGGAAGAUACUUGACGUCCUUGGCUCUCCUGAAGAGAACAUUCUACAGAAAAUCGCAAGUGAGAAGGCUCGGGCCUAUGUCCGUUCAUUGCCCAUCAGCAAGAAAAAGCCUUUUGCAAAAAUUCUACCUACAGCAGACCUACAAGCCAUUGACCUGUUAUCGAAUUGUUUAACAUUCGAUCCUGAUGCGCGAUUCACAGUCGCAGAGGCUUUAGAGCACCCUUGGUUAUCGGGCUACCACGAACCAGAAGAAGAGCCUGAUUGCGACCUUCCCUACGACAAAUGGAAAGAUAUCGAAGAGCUUACUACUAUCGAACAAUUCAGAAAAGCCCUUUGGGACGAGAUUCAAGACUAUCGCAGAGAAAUUCGCGGGGGCGUUGAUGAUGAGGACGAGUUCGAAGCCGUUGUUGCUGCGGCAAGCGCGGAUGGCCAAGACUUGCCGAACGUUGUCCAGGCGGAAGUAGUGCCAACGGUAGUGGGAGUCAUCGCUGAAGAGCCUGUUGCUGAAGAAGCAGCUGCGCUUGAGGGGUCGGAGGAGGUGAAAACAGAACCUGUCGAGCCAACUGCUGAAAGUCAAGGUCCUCCUCGGCCGGUAUCGCCCGAGAAAACAAUACCGACUUUCCCCACCGAUCCGGUUGUCACCUAUGCACGACGGUCAAGCAUUAUGCAGCCUUCUCGACAGGGAUCGCUAUACGGUUCUCCGCGCCCCACAUCCCAACACCUUGGCAGUUAUUUCAGCGAGAGCCCAAGGCCAGCGGAGCCGGUACUCGGUCCAGGGACAAUCGCUUUUCCUUCGUCACAAAACUACGUGUUUCCUCACACGCGGUCACGAACUGGCUCUACUGUGGGUCGCGGGGAGGGUCAGAGGAGGCUAUUACGUACUCUCAGCACUGUCUCGAUACACGAGAGUGGAGAGGGGCGGCCAGGUGGUCUUGCAGACAUUGCGCCAAUCGGCCGCUUCAUUGUCGAAAGCCAGCCAUCUGAAGCGGAUGCGCCUGCUUCAGAAAUGCCAAGAAUACUCGAAGAUGAGCUGGGUAAAAAAGACGAUGAAGAAAGGAAGUCAGUCAAGAAGGAGUCGGGAUUUUUUAUCUGA